AUGUCAGCCCAAGAGCAGCAGACGGCACCCCCUCCCGGGGCCUACCCGCGGGAACAUGCGGCCGAGGACGUCGAGGACAUUGACAACCCAGGUCUCGAUUUACAGUCCUUGUCGCGUGCGGUCAAAGCAAGAAAGGCGGAUUAUACUCGCCGGCAAACCCUUCGAGUGAAGAUUGGUACGUGGAAUGUAGCCGCUAUCAACGGUACCGAGAAGGACAUUGGAAAGUGGUUCGUGCAGGGACAAGGUGUCUGCGAAGAGCUUUCGGGCUUGAAGGGCUCAGAUUUCCGCCGGAAUAUUACUACGGGUGGAACAUCUUCCCCGAGCGACGAGGAUGAUCAGAAGAAGGAUGGUAGCGCUGCAGCACCCUUCCAGUGCAGUCCGGAAGAAGUUGAUCUCUACGUUUUGGGUCUACAGGAGAUCGUCGAUGUUUCCUCUCCAGCCGAAGCUCUUCGACCCUACACGGACCCUGGACCGGCAAACAGAUGGAAAGAGGCCGUUCACCAAGCUCUUCCUCCUGGAUACCAACUCGUUUCUGAGGUCCAGCUUGUGGGCCUUUUCCUGACCAUCUAUGCAUCACCUGCAAUCCGCGAUAGCAUCUCUUCAAUUAGCAGCACAAGCGUGGGUACAGGGCUGAUGGGAUACAUGGGAAACAAGGGUGCCGUUGCGACUCGCAUAGUGAUAGGUGAGACCACACGCCUGGUCUUUGUGAAUUGCCACCUAGCAGCCGGAUCAGAUAAAGGGAGUUUGGAACGGCGUAACUGGGACGCAAGCCAAAUCACUCAGCGUGCCAAAUUCGAGCCAGUGGAUUCGGAAGACCGAUCUCCGGAAGACCAAGGGGACAGUAUUGGUGAUGAGGACUUUACUUUCUGGUUCGGCGACCUCAACUAUAGGCUCGAAGAUAUCCCGGGAGACGAUGUGCGACAAGUUCUUGCUCGGCACACGGCCAACUCGUACGAUGUUGCGUUGCAGGGGAAACAAGCCAAGCCUGGCAGCCGUCGAAACUCCAACGUCUCUGAUUCUUCAUCUGAAAAUCAACCGCCAUCGCCCUCGCGGCCCGAGGCAGAAGAAUCGCUAGAACAAGCACUGCCUUCCACAGAGGGUGGCGAGAAGGCCAAAUCUCCCUUUUUGCCGACGUAUAAAUACGAUGUCGGAAGCGUGGCGUUGUUUGAUACCAGCGAGAAACGCCGUGGUCCUAGCUGGUGCGAUCGAAUUCUUUAUCGCACGCGACGCGACAAGCUCAAGCAUGAACAAUUGGAUCGGGAGGCCGAGGAAGCCCGAAAACGAGACAAGGAGAUGCAGGCUCGUGGAUUGGACAAGGCAGUUGCUGAUGACAAUGUGCUAUUUGAUUACGACCCCGAAGUUGAUGGUCAAGAUGGUUCCGUGGAAGGGGAGGGAUACGACUCGGAUGCGGACGGAGAAGAUUACCCCCCGAUUGCAUCUGAAGAUGGACCGCCAGAGUCAGUCCAUCAGCAUCAUUAUUUAUCUCACCAGGGUAUUCUUUCCUCGGAUCAUAAGCCGCUGGACGCUAUCUUCACCCUGACCUUUGAUGCUGUCAACCCCAGCCUCAAAGCAAAGGUACAUCAAGAGGUAGUGCGUGAGUUGGACAAGGCCGAGAAUGAGGCCCGGCCUGGUCUCACGGUCGUUGUGGAUACCCAUGUCGAUGAAGAUCGGUCAGAGCGAGACCCCAAUACUAUCAACUUUGGGGAUGUCAGGUACGAUGUUCCGGUUCAUAGAAGUCUAACCGUUGCCAACACAAGCGGUGCCCCUGCGACCUUUUCGUUUCCUGAACGGUCUAGCCUGGGUGAUGAUACACCAAAUAUGCCCCCUUGGCUGGAUGUCCACGUUCAACACAUCUCCGACCAUGAGCCAGCUUCAGGAGAGUCAUCUAAAUCUGAAACCACUCAUACAUUGCAUCCAGGAGAAGUGGCCAAUAUCGACAUCUCGGCCCAUGUUCGCAGCAUUGAACAUGUCCGUCUGCUCAACUUGAAGAAAGCCAAGCUCGAGGAGAUUCUGGUCCUCCAUGUGGAUAGUGGCCGUGAUCAUUUCAUCUCUGCAUGUGGAAAGUGGCUGCCAACUUGCUUUGGGUGCAGCGUCGAUGAAUUGACUCGUGUGCCCGAGGAAGGCGCUCGCUAUCUCAAUGGCGAAGGUGUAUCAAAGCGGGAGAAGGAUGCCAAUGAAGUGCGACUGUCAGCUCCUCGCGAACUCUUCCGGCUGACCGAAUCUAUCUCCGAGCUGACGGAACGCGCCGUGGCGGAAUGGGGUAUGACGAAAGGUGAGUCUGAAAAGGAACAGGCGCCAUGGACGAAAGAGCCAAGUGGUGCUGCAUGGCCAUUCCAGCCGGAUACAUGGACUCUCACGGAUCGACAUGAGCGUGCAAACAUGUUGGCUUCUGUUCGAGAAUCUCUCGAUACCAACGGUUCUCUGUCGAGCAUCUUUGCACCAGAAACUCCUUCUCUACAUAGACUAGAGAUCCUGUCCGAAACCCUCCUUAGCUUCCUCAACUCGCUAAGCGAUGGAAUCGUCACGGCGACUAUCUGGCAGCAAAUGGAGCAACAUUUGAUCACCCGCGAGAAAUCAAAAGGCCCGCCUCUAUCAUGGGAAGAAACCCAAGCAUGGGUCCUCGAGAGUCUCGCCUAUUCGCCAGCACAUAGCGUCUCCUUCACCUUUGUCACUUUUAUGCUCGCCCGUAUCGCAAACGAGGUAGCCCCUGUCCCCUCCACCGCACAAUCGAUCUCUACUGCCUCAAACACCAAGAACCAAAACACCUCCUCCCAAAGCUCUACGGAGUCCACAAACAACCAAGACAAAAACCAACCUUCAGACUCUAUAUUCCCAACACCGCCCACCCCGGCCUCAGCCGCAGCGUUUGUCUCUGCAGGAAGCUUCCGCCGCAAGGCCCGUUCGUCAGAGUCUGAUGUCGCGUCGAGUAGUACGGCCAAUGCGGCCGCACGUCGACAGGCCGUCGAGGCGGCGUUGGCUAAUAUCUUCUCUCGCGUCUUGAUCUCAGCGGCUGUUCCUACCCCGGCGAAGGAUAAGGAGCGACGUGCAUCGGAUGAACGGAAGAAGAGUAUCAUUGAGCCGUUUUUGAAGAUGAUUGGUGUUGAUGAGCGGGGUCCUUCUGGGGGUCGUUGA